CCUGGCCAACUGUCCCCUGUAUUUUGGCAUGAAAAUGCUCAAUGGUGACAAGGGAUUUGUCCUCUUUUGUGAAAACACAAACAGCAGUACUUGAACAGAGGGUCAACGGUUGGCCUAUUGCAUUUUUAGUUGUCCUAAUGAGUGUCUUUAUUACCAUUUUAGUAGAUGUUUUACUCACAAAAUUGCUCUUGUGAACCUUUCACUAAGUUAUAGUUUGGCCACUCACGUGACAGUCACAGUGUUAGCAACAGACCAAAGGUCAAUCUGUCUGGAUUUCCAUUCCUCAAAGUUUCAAGAUGUCUCUUCGACACAACAUCCUACUUGUUUUUUGCAUUUUACCCUUUGCUAAUGCGCUCUACAAGCAGUGGAUUCCGGACACCAAUUUUGAAAAUGCAACCAACUGGGAUAAAGGCUCCAUACCAUGUGGCAGUGACCAAGUGGUGUUUUUAGCUCAAAGGGAAAUUUCAGUGUAUGUAGAAACAGCACACACUAUCACUGGAAUGAGCUUGCCAAUGGAUGGAGAACUGAUUCUGGUGUCUGGAGCUGGAUUUUCUGUUCAAGAGAGUGGAGACCCUAGUUGUGGAUCUGGUGUCACAGCAGAGUUUAAAGACUGUGAAUCUCUCCAUUGGUUCGACCCAUCGCUAUGGGUGGCUGCCACUACUUUUGAUGACCUGCACCAAGGUACAUAUCAGUUUUCAGUCCAUGAGGAGAGUGUCCCAUGCCAAUUUGAUGAUGUUGUAUUCCGGGAGGCCACCUCAUUCCGUGUGGAUAUCUCUUCGAACGAUGUUUGCUCUGUGAAGAGUGUGUCUGUACUUGGGAAGAAGUUCACCAGCAGUUCUGAGUUAUCUCAGUACUUUUCAUCUCCCUCUGGCAAGCUGCAGUUCCAUGGUUCCUCGUCGCUUAGCGUUGGUGGUCCAGGUUGUUCUGAUGUCACUGGAUGCAUCUGCGAUAACUCCAGAAAUCGGGACAAGAUCUGUGCAAAUGUCAUAUGUAAGUCGUUGGAUUGCAAGAACCCACUGCAACCAGUGGGACAUUGCUGCAGUGUUUGUGGCGCUGUUGUAAACAUUCAGUUCACUUCUAACUUCAACUUUGAGUUGUACCGCCAACGGCUUCAGCAUCUCUUUCUCAGCCUGCAUAAGUAUGAAUCUAUACAGCUGGCCAUGUCGAAAGUGUCCAAAGAGCAGAGGCUGUUGGGAGUGAUACCUUUUGGAGCCACUCAAGAGAUCCAGGUCUUGCUUCUAGACCAGAAUAAGGGUCAGGAUGUUGGGAAACUGGCGGAAGCUCUUGCUCGUGACAUAGUGAAAGAUGUGCACAACCAAGGCUCAAACCUCGGCAUCAACAGUGCAGAGUUCCAGGCAUCCUCAGGAGCGUCUAGCAGUGAGGUAGCCGGGAACAGUGCAGGGGUUGUGGCCGGGGCAGUACUGGGCUCCCUAGUUGUGCUGGCUUUACUAGCAAUCGUUUAUGUCCUCUACCACCGUGGCAUUGUUAAGAUGCCUCGGUUGCCCAGCAUCCCCUCCCUCAGCAAUUGGAAGAACAAUAUUGAUAUUGGGGAACUGGGUGGCCCCUUGGACCACGGCUUUGACAACCCCAUGUUUGAUAAGUCGACUAUGUUGCCGUGUGAACCAGGGCUGUACGGGACAGAGACUAUGAACUCGAUCUCCCUAACCCAGUCAGGAGUGCAUUUCGUCAAUCCUGUUUAUGAUGAAAGUGACUUUAAUGCAUGAUAGGUGUAAUAUCUACUCAUCUGAUGAUGGAUGUGAUGCCAACAUAAGCAACCUAAAGGUGACAUGACUUGUUGAUGACCGGGAAAUAAACCCUUUGAAAAUAUGAGAAUCAUUGAAGUGUUUAAAUCUGCAGAUUUGAAAUCAAAGAUCACGCACAAAAGGACAAUAAAUUGGAUCAAACUUCUCAAAUAUGAAUAGACUAGUAGUAAAAAAGGCAGAUGAACAGUAUGUUGUGAUGGACAGCUCCCAUUACAACAAUUCUGUUUUCAAACCACACCAUUUUUGAAUUGAUUAAAAAAAUUAAAAGCAUGAUUAAGAGUGUUUGUUUUCCCCCUCUAUAUUAUUGUUACAUUAAAGAUUUUAAUGAAUGGGCACCUGAUUUUAACUAAAAACAGGUGUAUAAAAAUAAGAAAAUUAAGAGUGAACGUGGAAUAGCCAGUCUUUACAUAAUCUCAUAUCUUAUGUUUGUUGCCAAAACAUCAACAUUUUAAACAUCAAAGAAAUCUUUCCUUCAUGGAAAGUCAGUUUGUACCAAAUACAAAGAAGAACUAAUAUCAGUGGUGGUGACAACUUCUAAGAGUGAUGCUGGAUUCUUGCCAUGUCUUGAGAUAGCAAGAUGGACUGUGCUUGCAUUAAAUAAAUGGAUCAUUCUGAGCAUUGACCUCUUGGUGACAUCUACAGAUUGAAAAUCUGGGAUUUUUUUAUUAUUAUUAUUUAAAACUGGAAAUGAACAAAAACUUUAGAAAACAUUUAAAAUAAAGAAGAAAUAUUUGAGAUUCUGCAAUGCUUCUAGUUAAUCACUAAUCAAUAAAUGAUCAUCACUAAUCAAAUAAAUGGCCAACAUAUGUAAGCUGCACAUGGCUGUGCACUCAAAAUUAUUUUUGUUGAUAAUAUCAUUUGUUAUGAAAACUGUAAAAUCAUUUAGCUGGUGUUUUUCCCUACUUAUAUAGUUGUAUUACUGUGAGCAGCAUUUCUAUUUUCUAUGUUCUGUAGAUCUAGCAGUUUUAGACUUCCUAUGGAUUUAAUUGCAGCCUCAGGUGAGGAUCUAAAAAGGUGACCUGGCAAUUGAUGUAGGACGGGUUAUGCGUGAUGUGGUGUUCCUGCAUGACCCUACUAGCUCUGGGCCAGUAUAAGGUGGAGAGCUGUUGUCCUAAUGCUAUGCACAUCAUUGUAUCUUCUUGUUCAAUAUGAUGAAUAUGAUCUUUGUCCUCUGCUGUUGGAAAGCAUAAUUAUUGUACUGUGUACUACAUGUGCCCUUCAUAAAAUCUUGAUUUACUCCUAUGCUGUGACGUUUAACCACACCAUCCCAAGUAACCUCGCAGAACAGCCCUGUUCAAGACCACACAUA